GCAGGCGACCUUGCGACCGUUACUGAAUUCUGAUGGCAGAAUCGGCUGCAUGGAGUCGCAAACUUGGCAUAAAUAGCGGAGCACCCACAGCAGCCGGGCACAAACCGUUAGCAUUCGUCCAGCAACCAACAACAUGAAGAGCCACCCCAUCCUGAUCCUGGCCACGUGCCUCCUGGCCCUCUGCGCCGUUUCCGCCAUGCCGCAGCGGCGCCAUGCGAAGAGUCAGCGCCAGGUGGAGUACUCAUCCACGCCCUACCCGGCAGCCGGUUUCCGCCCCCGAGUGCCCUUCAACCUGCCCGGCGAGUUGCAGCCCCAGCUCGAGACGGAGCCCCUGACCACCACCACCACCACCACCAGCACCAGCACCACGACUCCCAGCGAGGUGCAGCCCCUGGAGAGCACCGAACCCCUGAGCACUACCGAGCAGCAGGAGUCGGAAACGGAAGCGGAAGCGGAAGCGGAGCUGUCCGUCCGCACGCCCGCCAACACCUACGGAGCGCCCGAAGAGCAGGACCCGCUGGAGCCCGACACCGUGGAGGUGGUGGCCCAGGAGCCGGCCCGGGACUUUCAGCCGCCCUCGCUUGAGUCCGUCGAGGACUUUGCCGCCGCUGGCACUGUUGCUGCUGGCAGCGAGCAGCCUGUUGCUGAUGUCCCUGCCCUGGGCCAAGCGGACUCCCAGGACUCGGAGAGUGAGCCGGAGCUGAUUGCGGAGGCGGAGGUCAAGGCCGUGACCCCGGCAGGAACCUACGGACCACCAGCCGCCACGUACGGAGUGCCCGAGCUGAGCGAGCCCGAGAACGAGCUGGAUCUGGAGGAAUCGCAGGUGGAGCUGGUGGACGAGGAGGCGGCGGCGGAGGAGACGCUGACCAACGAGCUGGCCAGCGGUCGGCUCAUCCUGCUGCCCCUGGGCGCCAGGGGAGCUCGGUUCGGACGCCUCGUCCUGGCCGUGGAGCAACCACGUCAGCGCUUGAGGAGCGAACGCCUCAGAAGGAUCUAAGGAUUCACCUGUCCACCUGAAAGCGGGUAUUAUUUGACCGAAAAUAUACGUACUUAACUGAA